AUGCAGAACAUUCUCGCCAUACUCUCCAUCGUCGCCAUGGCGGCAGCUGGUCCCGUCACCAACCCGGAAAAAGACAGCAAACCAGGUUCCGCGGGCGACAUCUGCGACGGCGGGAGAGUUACAUGUCAACCACCAACAACGUGCACUUUCGCGGGUUGCUUUCCUGGAGGCGGACCAACACUUGUCUGCCCGCCGCACACCUGUGCGUGCCCUUGA